AAGUGCACUUUAAUAAACUUUAACAAAAUUUUGAAAAAAAAAACACAUCAAAUAAAAGAAACCUGACAUCGUAAAAAAAAACUCAAAACAGGCAAUACAAUAUUUUAUUUCAAACCAUAUGGUCAAAGUUAUCGUUUUUUGAAAGAAAAUUAGUUCGUAAAUCUUUUAAUAAAACUCAGUUUGAAAAGCAAAGCAGAUUUCAGCAGUUUUUGUGUUUUGAACUAUCCUCUGCAAUUGACUAGAAGAAAAAACUUGAAUUUUUGUUCCGCUUGUGGAGAUUUUUCAAGUACCUCUCUGUAUAAACUAAGAACUCACUGACCAAUUUCACCAUUUUUUUUUUGCGAAAAACGUUCGUUUUCCUUUUUAUGUUUUACUAUUGCUAUUGAUCAGUAAACGUUUUUUUUCGAAAAAAAAUUUGAAAAAUGAUAAAUGAAGAUCCCUUUUUAGGUGGACGUUAUCCAAACUAACCCUCAUUUUCGUAGAAAACGAAGUAUAGCGAAAAGUAUUUUCGUAAUUUUUUGUCUACUUCUUCAUUGUGUGCUGGUGUCGUCGAAAAAAGAGACUCGUGUGCUCCGUGAGCCUACGCGGUUCAUUGGGUUUCUUCCGCUCCUCCUUCUUUGGCCUCCCAAAGAAAUUGGCUCAAAAAUGGCGCUUGGCACAAUUGUUGAAGAGCAUUUUCACCACCCACCCCUGCCGACGUCGCCGCUUUCUUGUAAGAAAACAACGCACCCAGAAGCUCCUCCAGUGAUACUUCUACCACAGAUUGGCACCAAUGAAAUGACCUUAGGUGAACGUGUGUCCAAAUUUGUAAUUGAAGCACGAUGCACAGACAAUAUUCUCUUUUCCGGAGCGAUGGCUGUUGGUGCCUGUGUACUGAUUAUGCAAAGUUUUCCUAUUUUUAUGAACAAUUGGGUUUUUCUCACAGAACCUCGGGGGAUUAAUAAAACAAACGAGAAUGGUGAACAAUUAGAGUCAACAUUUCAUUACAAUACGGGAUAUUUUCAAAUUUGUAGAGUCCAUAUCAAUAAUAACUCUGGAAUUAUUUAUGAUGAAAUUGAAAUUCCUCCAUCUGAAAGUGAAUACAAAUGCUACCUCAACCCAUUGCUUUCUCAAGUCGAUCUCACUGACAUUUCUCUUGCUUCUCUCGCGGUAAUUAUACGGCUAGGCUUACCUGCUCUAUUACAUGUCAGUGGUGCACUUGUUUGUUGUUUUGCCUUCUUUUUAGGGGUUGUUGGACAUAUUCGAUCUUCGUUUUACACACUAUUCUCAUCAAUUACAUAUAUUUGCGGAAGUAUCAUUCUUUGCAUCGCUGUUUUAAUGGUCGUUUGUGUAGUGGAUGACGAGUUAGCACCACGAAUGAAACCGAAUGCAGCCGGAGAGCCAAGCAAAUUCAGUUAUACAUAUGGACCACCUUUCUUUUCAUCUGCACUGUCAUUCAUACCAGUGCAAAUAUGCGCAUGUCUGCACGCAUUUUUAUAUUUUAGGCGAUAUCCUUCUGUCGUGGAAAAGUUACAAUUCGUCCCUGGAUUGGAAGCGAAAUUACGGCGAGCCCAACUUGAUAAAGAGCUCGGAAUACCACCGCUUGAAAGUUUUCGAAGGGGUUCACUUGCCUCAUAUCUUCCAAUUCCGAGUUUUUCACAGGGAUCGCGGAGAAACUCAAGAAGGUCAAGUCAGGCAUCAUUUUCGAAUCCCAGCCUGUUAUUUAUGCAAGACGUUUGAUCUGUUAUCAUUUUUACUAUCAAAAUAUAUUAAAAUUUCUUUCGAACAAUUCGUUUUUCUUUUAAAAUAAAUUUGCUUUUGUCUGACUA